AUGCACGCCAGGAUGGCCAACGUCACCUCGGCGACAACCUCGACGAUGCCUGUCAUGCCCUCCUAUCGUCCUCCCACCUCGCCCUACCACCAGCAGCCCGUGCGGCCGUCUGGCGAGCAGCUGGUUUUCGCCGCCCAGUCCACCGGAUCUGCUACCGCCUUUCGAGAGCCCGAUCGGUCCGGCUCGACCCCACAUACUUGGACCUACAGCGCCCCUCUUAGUGCACCCACCUCAAUGACCCUUAGGAAGAGACAGGUCGUAUUGGAGAUUGAGGUGAUCACCGUGGUCAAUGUGGUCCCAAAGGUUAGCUACCCGAACGCCAGCCCAGUCGCAGUCACCGUCACCGUCCCCCCGCCAGCCAAUACGAUGAUCAGUAACGGAGGUUGGCCGAUCAUCAAUCCCGGCUCAGCGGCGGCCUGUUGGUCAGACAUGGCAUGCAACAGUGUUUGCCCAAACUUCCAACAGAACGGCUGGUAUGCUCAUUGUGUAGAUGCUGCUAGUACCCAAGUGUCGCUGUCAGAUCAUCUCCCCCCAAUAUGUGUACCGGACAAGCAUGGUCAAAUGCCACAUGGGUUUCGAGUGCGCCAGCAAAGACUGUCCAAGUAA